AAGCAAAAUUGUUUUAAAAUCCCUUGUGAAAAGAUGUCCAUUUGCUUCAUUCUUAUGAAGGUUCAUGGAGAUCAGUCAAGGGAUAGAGGCUACACUAAGAUGAUUUAGUCAUUGUCUCAAAGAAUACAUUUUUAGGCUCAAAAUUCCACAAGCAUUAUAGAAGAUUUGGUAAAACAUAAUCCAAUGUAAUUAUAAAAUAAAAUUAUCAGGAUUUCAUAAAUUGAAAAAUAUUUUUUUUACCAUUAUUAUCAAUUCUUACUAAAGACAGAUUCAUUAAAUGCAUAUUGCAAAUGUACAAUAAUUUUGGAUACACUAGCACUGGCUAGACAUGAAUGAAUCAACAAACCCUGAUACAGCGGCACAAACGGCAGCAGAUGAUAGUCGGCGCUACUGCUGGGUUUGUUAUGCCAGUGAUGAAGAUGACGUGACUGCGCCAUGGGUCAAGCCGUGUCUCUGCAGAGGCACCACCAAAUGGGUUCAUCAAUCCUGCCUUCAACGCUGGGUUGAUGAGAAACAGAAAGGCAACUCAACUGUGAAAGUAAACUGCCCUCAGUGUGGCUUUCAGUACAUCAUACACUUCCCAAAUAUGGGUCAGUUGAUGCUGUUCUUGGACCGAAUGGACGCCUUCAUCUACCGCGUGUGUCCUUUUGUGGCUGCUGGAGUCGUGGUCGGGUCCUGCUACUGGGUGGCAGUCACGUACGGUGCCAUCACCGUCAUGCAGGUGCUGGGCUAUCAGGAGGGCAUGGCGUUGAUGGAGUCAGCUGACCCGUUGGUGCUGCUCGUUGGCCUACCCACCAUCCCUGUGUUCCUUAUCCUUGGCAAGAUGGUGCGGUGGGAGGAUAAGGUCCUUCGCCUCCUGCGAGCGUCUGUGCGCAAACUUCCCUUCCUCAGAUACGUCCUGCCCGGCUUCCGUAGCAAUGGCGAUGGAGGCCCACAGGGCGCGACGAGCACAACUGCUGUCAUCAGCGACCCCAUCAACGCGACGCGUGUCCUCUGUGGGGGCCUGUCACUCCCCACCCUCGCGACCCUCGCCGGCAGAGCCUUCUUCCCCACGUGCUCCACGACCCUCAACCAGACGUUGCUGGGCGGGCUGGCGUUCCUGACCAUCAAAGGCUUGUUUAAAGUGUACUACAAGCAACAAUACCACGUCAUUCAAAGCAAGAGGAUCAUAAAAGACAAUCCUCUUCAUGAUGCCGCCUCAUCGUCAAACACCUCAGCAACUUCUACUUCAUCAACUGGCACGUCUUCCUCAACGGACAGAUCUGGUCAUAAUGAAGGAACCCGUGACCAAUAACCCCUCUCUAAUAGUCCCUCUAAUAAACGCCACUCUCAUAACCCCUGUCAUACAACCCCUUUCUUAAAGCCCUCCUCCAACUAAAACCCUCUAACACAUUUCUCAAUAAAUAUUAAAUAAAUUGGCUGUGCCAGCUUCAAGCUAACUUUUAAAACUUCAGUCAAUUAAGAGGGAAUAAAUUCUCAAGUUAUUAUGAGGUAGCAUUCUCAGAAAAAUUUGCUUAUUCUGAGUUCACGGGGGUCGACUGACCUUUCAACCGAUGACUCUGCUGUGUGUGUCGAGGGCGAGGCGUUCAUGGCAUCGAACGUCGCCUGAACUCUUCUGUAUUAAAUAAAAUUUUUUACUCCAGAUUAGCACUGUGUUGAAGCCAAUAAUUUUAUGGUUAGACGAUCUUAUGCAGCAAUUAUGGAUGGUAAUAUAGUCUUCUUCUGCAGAAAAUAAUGCGGAUUUAAAUUAAGAGCUUUAUUGAUGUUGUAAGUAGACAGUCAGAUCCGAAACUGGUAGAGGCUGUUCUCGUUGACAAGAGAAUCAUCUUCUGAUCAAUAACUAUAUUUUAUGCACCGAGUUGAAGUUCCAUUGCGGGUUCAAUGCGAACGAGUACUGGAACACGUCAUAGUGUUGCAUUCAAUUAGAUUAGUUCCUCCUACUCAUUGGUUUAUGGAAGAACCGAGCACGAUAACGCGCUAUUCUCUUUGAUAGACGUUAAUAUUGUUGUGGUUUUGUUUCUUCAAUUGCUUGUGUUGGAAAAUGUCAUCGCUACGAGUACUAAUGUUCCGAAUUUUUAAUUAUUAGCCGAUGAUUAUCGCACGUGAACCUCUAGAAAGUCAUAGACUAAUUAUUAUUUAGAAAAUAAAUACUUGAAAACACUUGUCACAGCGACCACCGAGCCUAAUAUGAUUUCAUGGCGACUGGCGUUGGUGUAGGUUUCAAAAUAAAGGUUAAUAAGUUGGCUAAAGAAUUUAUCAUCGCUUGAUAAUAACCGUGUGGACUAUAAUAAAUAGCAUCUUGUACACAUUUUCUCAUGUAUGUGUCCUGAUGGAAGUGCGAUAGUGUAUCAUAUUAUAUGUUAAGAUUUUUGUCUGCUGACGUAGUUUGAGAACUGCGUCUGUCAUGCUGUGUUGAUCCCUGCAAGUGGAAAGGGUUUUGGGGGCUACACGUGAAAGGAACUUUAUAUCCUGUUGAUCACUUGGAAAGUACGUUGUUGCUUUUCGCCACUCCUCAACAUUAUCUGCCUGAGGUUAUGAUAUGCAUGACGUUAACCUGCUGCUUGUUGAUUGAAUCAAACGUCAUUUUAAUCAUUGCUAAUUUAUGAGGAGCUCGACGGUGAAAUGGGGACAAGGUUCGCUGCAACUCUGCGCCGUGUGCAGGGCUCCACUGCUAAGCAGGAUCGCUAAUUUUCCUCUUGAAUUUAUCAUUGAAUAAUUGAAGAAGUACUUGAAUUUUCUAGUCAAUUACCUCGUUUGGGAUGUUCUCAUUCAAUUAACUCUCUGUUUUGUUCUAUGAAAUUAGUAGCUUCAUUUCUUUAUAAUGCUUCUUGAUGUGUUGCUUUAUUGCGUUUUUCUCUGUACUGAAAUUGUAACCAAAUUAAUUCUUCUCUUCCGAAUUUUCUACUAUCAAUUAAUUCUAUUAUUACUAUCAUUUAUGUUGCCAGGUAAAUUUCAUAAUUGAUGCCUACAUUGACAUACUGCGUCACAUAAUUUUAAAUCAUGACUUUGUUAACGCGUGCCGUGCAUGGCAUCGGAGAACAGCACCUGUUACAGGACAUACCGCAAAUGUCCUGUUACAACGACUGUUACAAGUACCUAUUCCUUUAUGUGUUCUCUUGGUAUUGUUCAUUGGCGGAUACUCUAUUGCUCGACUCUUGAUGUGACUCCUGUCCAAAUCGCAGCCUCGAGAGAUCGGAUUAGCUUGACUAUUGCUGAACUGACGAUACUUACUCAUGCUUGCUAUUUCCGAGUGUAGUUGGUUUCUCGUUUGAAAAUGUAAGGAUCGCACAAGAAGUCGAUAAUUGAGCGCAGCCUGUUGUUUAUUUGAAGUACAUGAGUGCCUGCGAGUCAACAAGAUAAGAGAAGUUUAAAAUUGACAUAAGUAAUGACCCUUCUGUUGCUGAGGUCAGCUCCGCCAUGGGAACGACCCGCGCUUCUUACAAUUUCUAUUGACUAAAAUUUCAAGAAAUUAGCAAUCGCGACCGAGACUUCUCUUGUCAGAGCUUUUAUUAAGUAAGCACUUCUUUUUUUUCUAUACGGAAUUCGCUGCAAUUAACCUAUCGUAAUCUGAGGGUAAUCUGAUGGGCUGGCAUUCAGGUACCAAUUGUAUUGGUUAAUGUGUACAUAAACAAAGGGUUAAAAUCUAAACAGUGCUCCCUCGUCACUCAUCCAAACUCAUGUCAGAAUUGUGAACAUGCUCUUUCUUUCAUCUUGCUGGCACGAGAAGCUUUUGAUAGGAAAUUUCUACGAAGCUGUAGUGUAGGCGCGAACCUGCUCUUGCCUAAAUCCUAAUGCUGUAAUUAGUAAGUCCUUUAUACGAGAUGACAUAUUAUAUAUUUGAUCAAUU